AUGAAAGAAGAUUAUGAAAUGAAAAAAGAAGAGGAAUUUUUCCUAACAAUAGGGACACCUUUGGAAUGGAAUAGCAACUACAGGAAUCUCUAUGUGCAAAUGGAUACCUUAGAAACCCAGAAAGCUCGUCAGUACCAUGAUCUGUUCCGAACACUUCGUGACCAUGAUUUGUGCAAGGAACGUCGCCUGAACGCCUUAUUCAACGUCAAAAAGCAACUACAAGACCAGGAUCAUAACUGCCAACUGUCAAACGAAAUAGUUGAACUGAUAGAUCGAUGUUGCGUAUUGAUUUCUCGAGGAUUUGAAUAUAAACAACUGGAAAUGCUCCAAAAAAGAAUUGAACAUCUCCUCAUGAAACACUUAAACCAACGUGAAUGCAACGAGGGUAUAACAAACCGCUUGGUGAGAGUUAAAGAAAAGGUGAUGCACCAGGAUUUAUUCCUCUGUCAGAGAUGCCAGAAACUGAAAAGCCACAACGAAUUCCCGAUCGAUUCCCGUACCAAACUCCUCCGUAUCUGCAACUCGUGCAUAUGGAUUGACAAGGUGCAACAACCGCCAAUCAACAUGGCCCCAUACGCCUACAUCCUGAAGUGCAUCAGAAGAGAAGAAAGAAGAAAAGGAGCUCAAUCAUCUGUGGCUUUCGUCUUAGGCAACGAAGACAUCCAGUACAUCGUGGAUCACAUAUGGCACGGACACUCAGCGCUCAGUGAAUGUGACGAUAUCCAUGCCCUUCGGCUGGCACGUUGGGAGAAAGACAAGGAAUGGUCGCCUUGGAAUUGUGUCUUAUUGACAACCGAAGAAAUUAGGAAUCACAAUCAACUGGAAAAAUUCGAGGGUGCAUACGAAUACGAGUUUAUUGAAAAGGUUCAGCAUAAGCAUUUGGACGGCAAGGUGUAUUUCAAGAAAGCAUACAAAUACGGAAAUACUGUUAAGUAUGGGGUUGAUUGGAGCAAGAUUGAGGGGCACAUUGAUUUCGUUGCUGUUAACAGUAAAGUGAGGAUACCUCCCACAUGUCAUUAA